AUGGCAACCAUUGCUUUACCUCGACCGAUACCUCCUCACAGCAGCUCUGAUAUUGAUGGCCCUAUCACUCCACCACAUUCUCUACAUGAUGUAGGCCGGUCGGUCCAAAACAAACACUACCCUGCGGCGAUACCAAACAGGCACAUCCCGAUCUGCCCCUCUGGACUUACCAAGGCUGAUGAUGCUCAUACACCACCAGCUGAUACACCGCCUUCAUCACCCACGCAUAUAGACAAUUCUCUUCAGCAACAAUCGCUGCUCUUUCCCCCUCACGGCUAUGUCAGCCUAGAGGCGGGAAAUUUACGCAUCUUUCAGAUAGAUGCAUCGCAAACUGAGGCAGCUCUGGAGUUUGCAUCAAGUCAGCCAUUGCCUGUACCAGAACUGAUGUUCCCGUGGCUGCAUGGCUUACAUCCCGAAAACGAUCUUCAGCAAGCUUUCUUCUUGGGUCGUCGAAUGUCAUCCAGGAAGCCUCCAGUGUGCAAUCGUGGCAUUUUAUUGGUUAAAGCAGACGGGGAUCUAUCAAGAGCACGGCUCAAGGGAGCAGUAUCGCCAGAUGAGUUCAUGCAGUUUGACCCGAACCCAAAAUUCGUUGAGGCAGACCCAGUAGAUGGAUUUUCUGUAAGGAACUUUCAAAUUCAGACAGCGAAAUCGGCACUUGUUUCUGAUGUGAUUGUAUACGGUGAAGAUCCUACAGAAAGCAACAAAGUUGCCUGGGCCAUUGCUGCAGCCCAGUCACAACAGAGACAGCUAGAGCAAGAUUCGACUGGACCGGCUGUUGAAUACAACACUUUCGUCUGUCCUAGCCCAUUCUCCGACUUUGAAGAACAUGAGGGCCACAUUGUCGCGAUCGACUCAGCUGGGUGCCCAACUGGCAACAUCUUGGACUUCGCACAUCAGGAACGGAGCGAAAUGUGGGAUAUGACGCAGGCGUCUGAAAUCUCUCUUAAUGUAUACAUGGGUCCCACUCCUGAGCCAGGUAGCUCCGAAGAGCGAGACUUUGAUGUCUUGAUCGAAUGUAGCGAUUUGGGUCGGCUUAACCCUGGAGCUCUGCGCAGUCUCGUUGGACGAUCCGAUGGGACAGGCUAUCACUCCCACUUUGAUUUCCCGUCAUCCGGCAGCAUCCUCCCACCGACAUGGUCUCAUGAUGAGGCUGAUGGGAUUGUUGAAACGUGCCGGUGGAUUUACCAUUUGUCCCAUGGCACUACCCCUGAGCCAACAACAAGAAAAUGUCGACAACGAAAAGUUUUGAUACACUGUGCUGAUGGGUACACUGAAUCGACAAUGCUGGGAAUUGCAUACCUAAGUUAUAGCACGGGUCAGCCUAUACCACAUGCCUGGUUGCAUCUCCAUACAUCCAAGCUUCGAAAUUUCUUUGCCUAUCCUACUGAUGUAUCACUUUUGACGGCGAUUGCUCCGCAGAUUUUGCGAGAAUCACCCGUUUGUGCUGGGAAAAGUCUUGGACAAAUAACAACGUUGCUAAGAGACGAGCCAAAGUGGCUAUCCACCUUGGAUGGCUCGUUUCCGAGCCGUAUUUUGGACUAUUUAUAUUUGGGAAACCUUGGUCAUGCGAAUAAUCCAGACCUUCUCAAGGAACUUGGGAUCGGCCAGAUCCUAAGUGUUGGGGAAACGGCUUCGUGGCGAGAAGGCGAGCUAGAGAAGUGGGGGUCAAACAACGUCUACGUCGUUCAAGGAGUUCAAGAUAACGGAAUCGACCCUUUGAUGGAUGAAUUCCUAGGCUGUCUCGAUUUUAUAGGCCGCGGACGACGCCGCGGAACUGCUACUUUGGUGCACUGUCGAGUUGGUGUUUCUCGUAGUGCCACUAUAUGCAUAGCCGAGGUCAUGAGAGCUUUGAACACGUCGUUCCCCCGGGCUUAUUGUUUCGUGCGAGCACGACGCCUCAACGUGAUUAUACAACCGCACCUCCGGUUUGCGUACGAGCUACUGCGCUGGGAAGAAUGGUUGCAGCAGCGUGGUGACAUUGCGGCACCACUGAAACGAGAAUUGGAAUGGAGAGAGAUUGCUCGAGAAAUUGCUUUGAUGAACCGACCCUACUCGAGAUGA